AUGGACUCCACUGAGAUGCGCGAUGCUCCUCCCGUCGUGGACGACGCGAUGACCGACGCCAUGAACGUGGUUGAUGAGGGUGACAUGGACAUCACUCCCAAGACCGAAGAAGAAUACGCGCAAUCUAUGCUUACUCUCCGUGCGAUCGUUUCUUCCAAGGAAGCUGGUGUGAUUAUCGGCAAGGCUGGUAAGAAUGUUGCUGAUCUGCGCGACGAGACCGGUGUCAAGGCGGGCGUCAGCAAGGUCGUUCCCGGUGUCCAUGAUCGCGUCUUGACUGUCACUGGACCUCUGCAAGGUACCGCCCGCGCUUAUGCUCUAGUGGCCAAGGGCUUGCUCGAGGGAGCCCCGCAGAUGGGCAUGGGUGGCAUUGUCAACAACAACGGAACUCAUCCUGUCCGCCUUCUCAUCUCCCACAAUCAGAUGGGUACCAUCAUCGGACGACAGGGUUUGAAGAUCAAACACAUCCAAGAUGCGUCUGGUGUGCGUAUGGUCGCUCAGAAGGAAAUGCUCCCCCAGUCUACCGAGCGGAUUGUGGAAGUACAGGGAACCCCGGAAGGAAUCGAAAAGGCCGUUUGGGAGAUUGGAAAGUGCCUCAUUGACGACUGGCAGCGGGGAACUGGUACCAUUCUUUACAACCCGGCCGUCCGUGCCUCCGUCGGUACGGGGUCCUCGAUCAACACCAACACCACCGCGAGCAACGGCUACAACAGUCGCCCCUACAACCGGACUGGCAACGGUGCCGACUUCAGCGAUGGUCAAUCUGCUGGCUACAGCAGACGCUCCAACCCCGAUACAUCCAACCGUGGCUAUCCCCUUGUCACAGAGGACGGCGAAGAGAUCCAGACCCAGAACAUCAGCAUCCCAGCUGACAUGGUUGGAUGUAUCAUCGGCAGAGGUGGUAGCAAGAUCACGGAGAUCCGCAGGAGCUCUGGAGCUCGCAUUUCCAUCGCCAAAGCUCCUCAUGAUGAAACGGGAGAGCGUAUGUUCACGAUCAUGGGUAGCGCUCAGGCCAACGAGAAGGCUUUGUACCUUCUGUACGAGAACCUCGAGGCUGAGAAGACCCGCCGCAGCCAGCUGCCCCAAGAAUAA